GUGGCACUGGCCCUGGAUGAGCUGUCCCUGACAGGGACAGUGCCACUGCCACUCACAGGCCUGUCCCCAGUGUCACUAGCCCUGGAUGAGCUGUCCCUGACAGGGAUGGUGGCACUGCCACCAGCAGGGCUGUCCCUGAUGGGAAUGGUGGCACUGCCACUGACUGGCUUGUCCCCAAUGUCACUGUCCCUGGCUGGCCUGUCCUUAACAGGGAUGGUGGCACUGCCAGUGACCAAUCUGUCCCCAGUGGUGGCACUGCCAAUGAGUGGCUUGUCCUUGACAGGGACAGUGGCACUGCCACCAGCUGGGCUGUCCCUGACGGGAAUGGUGGCACUCCUGGUGACAGGCCUGUCCCCACUGUCACUGCUCCUGGAUGAGCUGUCCUUGACAGGGGUGGUGGCACUGCCACUGACAGGCUUGUCCCUGACAGGGACAGUGCCACUGCCCCUGGAUGGACCAGCCUUGACAGGGACAGUGGCACUCCUGGUGACAGGCCUGUCCCCAACAGUGCCACUGCUCCUGGGUGAGCUGUCCUUGACAGGGGUGGUGGCACUGCCACUGACCAGCCUGUCCCCAGUGGUGGCACUGCCCUGGGAUGGACUGGCCUUGACAGGGACACUGCCACCGCUGCCAGCCAUGGGGACAGUGACACUGCGGGUGACAGGCCUGUCCCCAGUGGUGGCACUGGGCCUGGAGGGGCUGUCCCUGACAGGGAUGGUGGCAGUGCUGGUGACAGGCCUGUCCCCAACAGUGCCACUGCUCCUGGGUGAGCUGUCCUUGGCAGGGGUGGUGGCACUGCCACUGACCUGUUUGUCCUUGACAGGGACAGUGCCACCACUGCCUGGCCUGUCCCCAGUGGUGGCACUGCCACUGACCUGCUUGUCCCUGACAGGGACAGUGCCACCACUGCCUGGCCUGUCCCCAGUGGUGCCACCACUGCCUGGCCUGUCCCCAGUGGUGGCACCGCCCCUGGAUGGACCAGCCUUGACAGGGACAGUGGCACUGCCACCAGCUGGGCUGUCCCUGAUGGGGACAGUGGCACUCCUGGUGACAGGCCUGUCCCCAGCUGUGCCACUGAGCCUGGAGGGGCUGUCCCUGACAAUGACAGUGGCACUGCCACCAGCUGUGGGGACAGUGGCACUCCUGGUGACAGGCCUGUCCCCAACAGUGCCACUGGACCUGGGGACAGUGGCACUGCCACCAGCUGGGCUGUCCCUGAUGGGAAUGGUGGCACUGCCACUGACUGGCUUGUCCCCAAUGUCACUGGUCCUGGGUGAGCUGUCCUUGACAGGGGUGGUGGCACUCCUGGUGACAGGCCUGUCCCCACUGGUGGCACUGCCACUGACCUGCUUGUCCUUGACAGGGACAGUGACACUGCCACCAGCUGGGCUGUCCCUGAUGGGAGUGGUGGCACUCCUGGUGACAGGCCUGUCCCCAACAGUGCCACUGCCCUGGGAUGGAGUGGCCUUGAUGAGGACAGUGGCACUCCUGGUGACAGGCCUGUCCCCAACAGUGCCACUAGGCCUGGAGGGGCUGUCCUUACUGGGGACAGUGGCACUGCCACCAGCUGGGUUGUCCUUGAUGGGGACAGUGGCACUCCUGGUGACAGGCCUGUCCCUAGUGGUGGCACUGCCAGUGACCAGCCUGUCCCCAUUGUCACUGGACAUGGGUGAGGUGUCCGUGACAGGGACAGUGGCACUGCCACCACCAGGAGAGCCACCAGCAGGGACAGUGGCACUGCCACUGACUGGAAUGUCCCUAAGGGGGACGGUGGCACUGUCACUGACAGGGCUGUCCCCAAGUGGGGCAGUGCCACCAUCACUGACAGGGCUGUCCCUAGAGGGGACACUGCCAUUGUCACUGACAGGGCUGUACCUAGAGGGGACAGUGCCACUGUCACUGAUGGGGUUGUCCCCAAGAGGGACAGUGCCACUGUCCCCAGCCAGGCUGUCCCCAAGGCAGAUGGUGGCACUGCCAUUGACCAAGCUGUCCCCAAGGGGGACAGUGGCACUGCCACCACCAGGAGAGCCACCAUCAGUGGCACUGCCAUUAACCGAGCUGUCCCCAACUGGGACAGUGCCACUGCCACCCACUGAGCUGUCCCUGAGUGUGACAGUGACACUGCCACCCACUGAGCUGUCCCUAAGUGUGACAGUGUCACUGUCCCCAGCUGGGCUGUCCCAAAGGGGAACGGUGGCAUUGCCAUUGGCUGGACUGUCCCCAAGUGUGACAGUGACACUGUCCCCAGCUGGGCUGUCCCCAAGGGGAACGGUGGCAUUGCCAUUGACUGGACUGUCCCCAACUGUGACAGUGCCACUGCCAUUGACUGGACUGUCCCCAGCUGUGACAGUGCCCCUAACCGAGCUGUCCCCAAGGGGAACGGUGGCACUGCCACUAACCGAGCUGUCCCCAGCAGUGACAGCGCCACCGUCCCCAUCCCCCCCCGCCGUGUCACUAUCCACAUCCAUGCCUGGCACUGCCACCCUCGGGUGA